UGUCGUUAAGUGUCUUGCCCAAGGACACAUAUACGGCCACAAUGGUAGCAACGACGAGCAUUUAAAACACCUUGUCAUGGCGCCGGGAUCUGUAUUAUAAAAAGACGUCAUGAAAUGUUUACCCCUUCCAUUGCAAACACAAUGUCCAUGUUUACUCAGCUAUAUGUGGAAUGAUGGAAGCAAUGAUGAUAAUGCUGUAAAACCACACAUUGCAUUUCAAUGCAGCAGUGGUGAAGAAUGUAGUCAAUUUAUUCACGAUUACAUCUUAUUUAUGACAUCGCAAUGGGAGUAUUGUUACAAGUUACAAUAGCCUUUCAAUGUUUGCUACUCGUCAUUGGAUUGCCUUUAAAUCGGGAUGAUUUAUUCAACUCCACACUAAAGCCAAAAGGGGUUAUGGACAACAUUUUGUCGGUGAACUCGAAACUUGGUGUUGAUUAUUUUGAAGGCGACAUUCUGCUACACCCUGCCUCAAAUGAAAAGAAUGCAAUUGUCGACGAAAAUUUGAAAUGGGGAGAGAAAAUCCCGUACGUCAUUCACUCUCAAUAUGACUUUGAUGACCGCGAGUUAAUAAAAGAUGUUUUGCGCGAAUACAACGUUAGAAUGCCGUGCAUAGAAUUUGUGGAACGUGGGAAUGAGGCCAGCUACCUUAUGUACACAAGAGAGAGUGGGUGUUAUUCAUCUGUUGGGCGAAUGGGAUCAAAACAAACAAUUUCGAUCGGAGUUGGAUGCGAAACUAAAGGAACGAUCGAACAUGAAACAAUGCACGCCUUAGGUUUCUGGCAUGAACAGUCAAGAUAUGAUAGAGAUGAUUAUGUUGACAUAAUAUGGGAAAAUAUAAUGGAAGGGAAAGAACACAACUUUAACAAAUACGAUGAAACACAGAUUACAAGUUUGGGUGAAAUUUACGAUUAUUCGUCAAUAAUGCAUUACGGCCCCACUGCUUUCUCUGCUAAUGGGGAACCCACUAUUGUGGCAAAGUUUAAGGGAGGUGAAAACAUGGGGCAACGAGGGGGUUUCUCGGAAGUCGAUUUGAGGAAACUUAGAAAGCUGUAUGGGUGUGAUUUAGAUAUGAAUGGUUGGAGCGACUGGACGGCAUGGAGCGAUUGUGAUGUCACAUGUGAGAGACAUCGACGAAGGUUUUGUGAGGGAGAUGAUUGUACGAGUGACGUAGAAACGGAAUAUUUAACUUGCGACAAAUUCUGUGUCGUCGGAAGAGACACUGAUUGUGCGCAAAGAGUUCUCACUGACGGUUACGGGGUCAUGACCUCUCCGUUGUAUCCGUAUAAUUACAAAGCUGACGUGGAGUGUCUUCAAACCAUCAUAGCCCCACCUGGUGACCAAGUAAUACUCUCAUUCGAAGCUGUUGACGUUGAAGAUUAUUCCGGAAUUUGUUAUUAUGAUUGGAUCAAGGUAUAUGACGGGGAAGAUGGGACUUCCCCUCUUCUAGGAACCUUUUGUGGAACAAGUAUUCCCGCCGAUGUUCGCUCAACCAGAUCCGUAUUAACCGUGUUGUUUUUUUCCGAUUAUUCCGUCACUAAACGGGGAUUUGUGGCAAAUUAUGUAACUUCCAGCAGCAACUCUCCAAUUCAUAUGUGUCACUUCGAGGGCGUACUUUCAACCUGCGGAUGGCAGCAUGAUGCUACUUCUGAUUUUAACUGGAGCAGAAAUAAAGGAAACACAGUAAGCAGUGAAACAGGCCCAGCAUAUGACCACACAACGCUACAAAAUGAAGGUUUUUAUCUUUACAUUGAAACUUCUUCACCACAAACAAGCGGAAUGAAAGCACGAAUUUUAACCCCUAUGUUAACGGCACCCAGUGAAGGACAUUGUCUCGAAUUUGCUUAUAAUAUGUACGGGGAAAACGUGGACACUUUGUCUGUUUAUCAGGUUACUGACGACCAAAUAACAAAAAAAGAAAUUUUCAAAGUCAGUGGUAACCAUGGUAACAAUGAAUGGAUGGAAAGCCAAAUUUCAAUAUUUGGAAACCAAAAAUACCAGUUGGCUUUUGAAGGUCGUCGAGGUAGUGGUUACCGCGGUGAUUUAGCCAUUGAUGAUGUCAUAAUAUACCCCUGGCCAUGUGGGGGGGAAGGAAGCGGGUUCAAAGAUUUUAUAACAGGUAUCCGGUCUAUACCUGCAGCUGAUGAUACAGAUUUACGUGAUCAGAUUGUAUCACCAUGAUAUAAAUAUUCCACUCACGAACAUGAUUCAUGACAAUUUUUAGUGAUUGUGUAAAAAAAUGUUAAUAUUUUGUGUGCGGAAAAUAAAUGUUAAUAGAUUGCUG